AUGGUGGCCAGCUUGGCAGGUCUACGGUUCCUGUUGUUGAUGAUAUUGUUGUUCUGCGGGAUCGGACACGGCGCCUGCGGCGGCCCCGAGGCUCCGCGGGUCCUGGGGCUGCGACUGGAGGACCCGGCCGACCUGGUGUCUAUGCGGGACCGGGUCAUCUCCGCCCCGGAGGGAGCCACGUUCAAGAUCCGUCUCUUCGGGGCCGGCCUCAAUGGGACCUGGCCGUGGGUGGCGUUCGCGGGGGCGGCCGGAGGGGCUGCGGGGGCGGCCGUGGGAGACGCCCCCGACCCGUGCGGGGAGGAGGCCAACCGCCGGGACUCCUUGUUCCAGGUGACCGGGGAGUUCGUCCUGGAUGAGGACCACAGCGGGCUGCUGACCGUGGGGGUGAAGCCCCGACCCGGUGGGGGUGGUGAUAGGGAUGGGGAAGGUGGGUACCACCACCUGUGCGUGUUGACCGGGGACCGGUGGGCCUCCGCGGGCCCGGACCGGCUCCGGGCCGUGGGGCGCCCCGGGGCCCGGGGGGGGCUCCCCCCCUGGGGCCUGGCCCUGCUGGUGGGGGCGCUGCUGCUGGGCUGCGGGCUGCUGAGGACCGCCGGACUGAGCCUGCUCUGGCUGGACCCCCUGGAGCUCUACGUGCUGCACAGCUGCGGGUCCGAGGAGGAGAAGCGCACCGCCAAGCGCCUGGAGCCCGUCCGCAGGAGGGGGAACUUCCUGACCUGCGCCCUGCUGUUCCUGGGGGCCCUGGGCCACUCGGCCCUGGGGGUGCUGCUGUUCCGGGCUCUGGGCUCCGUGCUGGCGGCCAUCUUUACCGGGGGCUUCCUCAUCUUCCUAUUGGCCGAGCUGGCCCCACACGUGCUCUGCUCGGGCUACGGCUUCCAGCUGGCCCCCGCCCUCACCUGGCUGGCCCAGGUGUGCAUGGUGCUCACCUGCCCCCUGUCCUGCCCCCUGGGCCUGAUCCUGGACCUGGGCCUGCGCCGGGACAUCAGCACCUGCGGGAUCAGGGAGCGCGCCAUGGAGAUGGUCCGGACCAGCGUCAACGACCCCUACAGGUGA